AUGAAUUUCGCUGGAAAAGUGGUUAUUGUGACCGGCGCAAGUUCCGGCAUUGGAGCAGCUACGGCAGUCUUUCUAUCAAAACUUGGUGCUAGACUGUCUUUGACCGGCCGAAAUGUCGAUAAUCUACAGAAAGUAAGCAAAGAUUGUGAGAAACCAGCUCAAACGUUCAUCGUCCAAGCCGAUCUAACCAAGGAGAAGGACAUAGAAAAAAUUGUGAAAAAUACAAUAGACCACUAUGGUCAGUUGGAUGUUUUGAUUAACAAUGCUGGUAUAAUCGAAACCGGCACUAUAGAAAAUACAUCUCUAGCUCAAUAUGACAGGCUCAUGAACACAAAUGUUCGCUCAAUUUAUUACCUUAGCAUGCUCGCUGUUCCACAUCUGAUCAAAAGCAAAGGUAACAUUGUAAAUGUAUCCAGUGUGAACGGGAUCCGAUCUUUCCCUGGUGUACUGGCAUACAAUAUAUCAAAGGCAUCUGUUGAUCAAUUCACAAGAUGUGUUGCCUUAGAACUGGCUUCUAAAGGUGUAAGAGUAAACUGUGUGAAUCCGGGUGUGAUUUUAACAGAGCUUCAAAAGCGUGGCGGUUUAAGUGAUGAACAGUAUGCGGCAUUCUUGGAAAGAACCAAAGAAACACAUGCAUUGGGAAGACCGGGGAAGCCAGAUGAAGUGGCAGCGACUAUAGCUUUUCUAGCCAGUGAUUUAGCUAGUAAUAUCACGGGAGCUAGCCUGCCCGUGGACGGAGGGCGCCAUGCAAUGUGCCCUCGCUAA